AUGGUUCUCGACCGCUUGCAACAAUUGGCUCACCAUGUCAAGGCCACGGCCCCUCCUCCCCACCCGCUUGACCCGCUCUCCACCUCGGAGAUCGAUACCGCGGUGGCCCUCAUCCGCAAGGAGCAUGGCAAGGUCAACUUCAACGCGGUCACGCUCUAUGAGCCCCGCAAGGUGGAGAUGAUGGCCUGGCUGGCCGAUCCCCAGAAGGCUCCCCGUCCCACCCGUAUGGCUGACGUUGUCGCCAUUGCUCCUGGUGGUAAGGUCUACGAUGGUGUCGUCGAUCUUGAGAAGGAAAAGGUCUUGAAGUGGAAGCACACCCCCGGCGUGCAGCCGCUGAUCACGAUGGAGGAUCUGCAGGAGGUGGAGUCCAUUGUCCGCAAGGACCCUAAGGUCAUUGAGCAGUGUGCUAUUGUUGGUAUUCCCAAGGAAGAGAUGCACAAGGUUCACUGUGAUCCUUGGACUAUCGGAUAUGACGAGCGCUUCGGCACCGACGUCCGUCUGCAGCAGGCCCUCAUGUACUACCGCCCCCACGUCGACGAUUCCCAGUACACGUUCCCCCUUGAUUUCUGCCCUAUCUUCAACGCCGAGACCAAGGAGGUCAUUCACAUCGAUGUGCCCCCCGUGCGGAGACAAAUCAGCAAGGCUCCCCCGAGCAACUACAAUGUCAACUCCAUCGAGAAGGAGGGUGGUUUCCGCAAGGACAUCAAGCCCAUCCACAUCACCCAGCCCGAGGGUGUCUCCUUCAACAUCGACGGACGCACCAUUGACUGGCAAAACUGGAACAUCCACAUCGGCUUUAACUACCGCGAGGGUAUCGUGCUCAACAACAUUACAUUCAAUGAUAGGGGUAACGUGCGCCCGGUCUUCUACCGUCUCUCGCUGGCCGAGAUGGUCGUCCCUUACGGAAACCCCGAGCACCCCCACCAGCGCAAGCACGCUUUCGACCUGGGCGAGUACGGCGGUGGCUACAUGACCAACAGUCUCUCCCUGGGCUGUGACUGCAAAGGCGCUAUCCACUACAUGGACGCUGCCUUUGUCAACCGCGCAGGUGCCAGCACCAUUGUCAAGAACGCCAUCUGCAUCCACGAAGAGGACAACGGCAUUCUCUUUAAGCACACCGAUUUCCGUGAUGAGUCGGUCAUCGUGACCCGUGCUCGCAAGCUGAUUAUCUCGCAAAUCUUCACGGCCGCCAACUACGAGUACUGUGUCUACUGGAUCUUCCACCAGGACGGCACCGUGCAGCUGGACAUCAAGCUCACUGGUAUCCUGAACACCUACGCCAUGAACCCCGGCGAGGACACCAAGGGCUGGGGCACCGAGGUCUACCCCGGCGUCAACGCGCACAACCACCAGCACCUGUUCUGUCUGCGCGUGGACCCGAACGUCGACGGGCCCAGUAACACCGUCUUCCAGGUCGACGCCGUGCGCGGACCCGGAGAGGUUGGCAGCGCCGAGAACAAGUACGGCAACGCCUUCUACGCCAAGAAGACCAAGUUCACCACCCCCCGCGAGGCUAUGUCCGAUUACGACGGCAACACCAGCCGCACCUGGGAGAUCGCCAACACCAAUAAGCUGAACCCCUACAGCAAGAAGCCUGUCACCUACAAGCUGGUCAGCCGUGAGGUGCCUCCCUUGCUUCCCAAGGAGGGUGGUCUGGUCUGGAAGCGAGCUGGAUUCGCCAGACAUGCCGUCCACGUUACCAAAUACUCCGAUGACCAAAUCCACCCCGCUGGACGCCACGUUCCCCAGACCUCUGGCGAGCCGUCCCAGGGUCUCCCCGCCUGGAUCGAGGAGGCCGGUGCCGACAGCUCCAUCGAUAACACUGACAUUGUCCUGUGGCACACUUUCGGUAUUACUCACUUCCCCACCCCCGAGGACUACCCGAUCAUGCCUUCUGAGCCCAUGACCCUGCUCCUCCGCCCCAGAAACUUCUUUUCCCGCAACCCGGCCCUGGAUGUGCCGCCUAGCUAUGCGCGCACGCCCUCGCAAAUCGCUUCGGAUUCUUCCGGGUGUGCGUGCAAGAAGAGCGAUGGAUCGAGUGUGCUGGUUUGA